AUGGCAAUAGGACAAGAGACCCCCCGAGACGCGCAUUUGCUCAAGCCCAAAAGCAAUGUUGGUCGGGACUGGGUCACCGGAACGACUCCUGUGGCAGCGAUUGUACGAGGAGCUUGCGGUAUAGAAUUAUUCCUCGCCUGCAAUGGCCCGGCACGAACGCAAGGCCAACCAGUCGUCAUAUUUGAAGCAGGCAUGGGAGCAAGCAGCUCAAGCUGGCUCCCAGUGCAGCGCCUCCUAGACUCCCGCAUACGCAGCUACCGCUACGACCGAGCCGGUUACGGCCGCAGCCCAGAAGCCGCAUCCAGACGCUCGGCAAGCACCAUGGCCGCGGAGCUGCUGGACGUGCUCGCCUCUGCUGGGGUCGACCCGCCCUACAUCCUAGUCGCGCACUCAUACGGCGGCAUCGUGGCGCGAGAAGUCCUUGCAGCGGCAGGGCCAGACGCUAUUGUGGGCAUGGUCUUGGUCGAUGCGAACCAAGAAAACACCCAUAAGACGCUGCGGGAGCCCUUGCUACCCCUUGCGACCCUUGCAGGCCCUGAAAGACUGGCACUGCUCGAUAUGACGGGGUUGCUGUUGGGCCAUGAUCACUAUACGCCAGAAGAACUGCGCCUGUUGACAUUGGACGCCGAGAAGGAGUCUGAAGUGAGAACUGGGGCGAAGGAGAUGGAACUAGUUCCCGACAGCUCCGAAGAGCUCGCUGAGAAGAAGCAGUUUGAGAUCAUGGCCCUGAUGAUGAGACCUAUUACCAUUAUUCGUGGGGAUACCAAGCGAGACUAUCGCCGCGUGAUUUCUGCUACUCAGCAAACAGCUGUGGAUGGAGACGCUCGGCGGGAGUUGGCGAAAGUUAGUAACUUUGUGGAUACAAAAUUUGACCCCCUAGACUGCGAGUUGCAACGGCAGCAGAUGCUCCUGUCUGCGAGCAGCCGUUUCGUUCAAGCGUCGGCUAGUGGGCAUGCAGUGAUAGCAACGGAGCCGCAGCUUGUGGCUGAUGAAGUCUCGAGCAUCUGGCAGAGCUGCCUCCUUGGAGGCUUUUGA